AUGGAAGAUCAUUGCAGUGUCAGUCCAUCAAGUGUUACUUCAAGUUAUGAAGAAACGGAUUUGAUAUCGGCGAAUACUCAUGAACAGCUAUUCAAGGCAGCAUUGGUAUGUAACUCAAUGCGUUCGAAAACAUCAGUAGUCCGACACAAUUUCAAAAGUAUCGAACAACUCCUUUCGCCUACACCUGUUUUUCAUGACAAAAACAACGACACCGGUUACGAUUCGCUCUUAUCUAUUUGUUCGCACAAUCAAUGCGAUGAUGAGGAUGAAUUGAAAAAUCUUCAACCGAAAAUAUCGUCUACUCCAUACAUUAGAAAAGAGACGAAAGUAAAGAAACCUCGUACGGCAUUUACCGACGAUCAAAAACAGUGCCUCGAUCGGUUUUAUUCUUUCAAUCGUUAUCCAGAUCCAUCCCAAAUGGAAACUUUGUCACAAUUAUUAUCACUGGAAGAACGAGUUAUUCGUGUCUGGUUUCAAAAUAAACGAUCGCGGGAAAGAACUUAUCCGAAAUUUAUCUACGAUCUCGAAUAG